UCCACGUGCUUGUGGGGCAGGGAAGGAGCUUGUGUUUAUUGCCAGUGAUCAUGGCUCUGGAUACAACUCAUACGCACUUUGCCUGUCACUCAGUUCCUUGCACAUCCUGAGCUGCUACACAUAGAAUGCUCUUUCCAGUGUCUCUAUAGAGGGAUUCCAUAAAGGGAGCCUGUAAGAGCCAAGGGCAGCAUCAGGGAUCUGGUAGCCAGCAGCAGGGAUCUGGUAGCCAGGUGGGCAGGGACAUCGGAUGAGGAAUGCUGCGCUUCUCAACGAAUUUAAGCAACAGGCUGGCCGCAGCGUGGAUCAUGUGAGUGACAGGUCCGCAUCAUGGUCCAGCGAGAUGGGCAUCAAGGGAGACAAGUGAUUGGCUCAAGCCUUCUGUACUGCAUCCUCCUCCUCCUCCUCUGGGCUAAAGAGGUCUCUGCCCUGGCUGACUUUUCUGGGUAUCUGACCAAACUCUUAGAGAAUCGCACAGUGUCGGCUUGUGAUGGUGACCACCUGAGCCUGCAGUGUCCUCGCCAUUCCACCGUCAGCAUUCAGUCUGCCUUCUAUGGAAAUCCUUUAAAUAUUAAUCACCGGAACUGCUCGGCAUUACCUGCCGUGACCAUGCACCAAGCCAAGACGGGCUGCUGGGUACAAACUGCGCUCCAGAAAGUACUGGAUGAAUGCCAGAACCUCAGAUCCUGCCAACUCCCUGUGAACAGUCGUGUUUUUGGGCCGGACCCGUGUCCGGGUACAACCAAAUAUCUACUGGUGUCUUACAAGUGCAAACCUACUGAAUACAAAUCUACUUCCGUCUGUGAAAAUAAUGAGCUGAAGCUUCACUGCAAGGAGCCCAAACUCCUGAACAUCUAUUCUGCGGUCUACGGCAGGUCCGCCCAUGAAAAGAAUACUUGUCCUGACCAAAUGGACCGGGGAACUCCAUAUGACUGUUUAUCCUAUGCUGCUUUGGAUCUCCUAGCUCAGAGAUGUUACGGCAAACAAAGGUGCAAAAUGACUGUAAACGAUGAAAACUUUGGAAGUCCGUGUCUGCCUGGAGUUGUUAAAUAUCUUACUAUAAAUUAUUCCUGUGUUCCAAAAAUCUUACUGACAGAGGUCGACCCAAAGCUCUCUGUUAUAGCUCCCUCUUUGAAGCAGAAUGACGGUGGAUAUGAUAACAAACUUGUCCCCCGUGAGUCUCAAACUCCCAGCAAAGAUGGACUCUUCCUUAGCAAUCUCCUUGCUGCAUUUUCUUAUAUAAGAGAUCACCCAGAAACGACGGCCCUUUUUUUCACUUUGGGCGUUUCCAUGGGACUCAUCAUCACCGUGUUUGCGCUUGUGAUCCAGAUAUCACGGAGGACUGAUGGCGUGAGCACACAGAAAAUAAAUGGACACGCUGUGUGUGCUAAAGACUGUGAAGAAACCGCAGCCUCUAGCAGUGAAGAGGAGGAGGAGGAGGAGGACGACAGGUCUGCAAAAUCCCACUUCUCUGAAGAGUUUCGGCAGCUGUGCAAAGCGUCCCGGCUGGUGUAUAAUGCUGUGGAUGCGGCAGACCUUGCAGAGAGGAUAGAACGUAGAGAACAGAUCAUUCAAGAAAUCUGGUUGAACAGUGGUUUGGAUCUGCCACCUAACAGUCUCACCAACCCUUACUUCUAAGGCUAUCCCUGAUGAGGCGUGGAUCUCAACCCUAUGGCUGAACUGCAACUCUCGGGAUCUCAUCAUAACCCAAUGGCUUUUAGAUGUUUAAGACCCCUAUGCCGAGAGGUUGCUCAAUACUAUCUAGGCGCCUUCUGUGAAGGAAUCCAUAUUUUACACUGUAUUCAAAUGAAAAAUGCAGAAUGAAUUUCCAAAUAUCAGUACGUGAGCUGCUGUCUAUUUUUAUACAGAUUUUUAUAUUUAUCAGAGGGGAGCACCAGAUUAAGAUCUGCUUUUUUAUCUUAUAGACAUUUAGCCCAGCACACGUUUAUAUAAACUUAUUAGUGGCAACAUUGCACUUUAAAAAAAAAAUGGAAAUAGAAAAAGAAAAACUUCUCCUUGAAAGUG